AUGGAUCCAAGGACACCGUAUAGCCAGUCUGCUGGUUAUAUGGGCCUUCUUCAAAAUCAAGAAGGAAGUCUUCUUCAUGACAACUCUCCUUAUGAGAGUUAUCAUUCUGGAUCUUCGCAGAUCCCUCUGUUCAGUUCACAACAAAGCGAGGCUCCAACUCCACCUACAGACGGUCCCGUGGAGCGUGGAAAGAGACAUAAAUGGACCCCAGUGGAGGACGAGAUGCUGAUCAGUGCCUGGUUAAACACUUCUAAAGACGCUAUUACCAGCAAUUACCAAAAGUCGGGGACAUUCUGGAAACGAGUAGGGGAUUGUUUCUUCGAAGCUCUGAAUGGUGGACCUGGUGGUGACACUUCCGCGCAUCGGAAUUACAAGUAUGAGCAGAAAUGGCUUAACCUCAACCCCACUAAAUCUUCUGGAGGUUCAAAGAGGAAGGCAGAUUCAGAAACUUCAACCACAAGUGAAGGUGUAAAGGCUGUUGAGGAAGCUCAGACAAGACCUGAAGGUGUAAAGGCUGCAAAAGCAAGACGUAGUGCAAUGGGUAAGGGGAAGUAUGUUGCUAACUAUACGGCGGUUUGGGAAAUGAGGAAGGAAGAUUUGGAGAAGAAAGAAAAACUGUCAAAGUUUGCCAUCUUAGACAGUCUGAUAGCCAAAUCCAAAACCACCACACUCACUGAGGCUGAAGAAGUAGCCAAAGAGAAGCUCCUUGCGGAGUAUUUCUAG